UGUCCACAGGCCUAUCUUGUGAGCCAUCACACUGAGACCAUUUUAGAAGCUUCGCUUCACUUCACUUCACUUCUCACUUGCAUAAAAUUCAUCCCCUUUUUUAUUAUUUUCUUUUCUCUAUUGUUGCUAAUGGCUAAAAUGUUGGGGUUGUUGGUGGGUUUUUUGUUGGUGGGCUUGGCUGCCUCUGCCAAGUUUGAUGAACUCUUUCAGCCCGGUUGGGCUAUGGACCAUUUCAUCCAUGAAGGAGAACUCCUCAAGCUUAAGCUUGAUAACUAUUCUGGUGCUGGAUUUGGAUCCAAGAGCAAGUAUAUGUUUGGGAAAGUGACCAUCCAGCUCAAGCUUGUGGAGGGUGACUCUGCUGGAACUGUUACUGCUUUCUAUAUGUCAUCAGACGGCCCAAGUCACAACGAGUUUGAUUUUGAGUUCCUGGGCAACACCACUGGUGAACCUUACUCGGUCCAAACGAACGUGUACGUGAAUGGAGUAGGUAACAGGGAGCAGAGACUCAACCUCUGGUUCGACCCCACCAAGGACUUCCACACCUAUUCCAUCUUCUGGAACCAGCGCCAAGUUGUAUUCCUAGUGGAUGAGACGCCAAUAAGGGUGCACACAAAUUUGGAACACAAAGGCAUUCCCUACCCAAAGGACCAAGCCAUGGGGGUGUACAGUUCUAUAUGGAACGCAGAUGAUUGGGCCACACAGGGUGGUCGUGUGAAGACAGAUUGGAGCCAUGCGCCAUUCAUUGCGACCUACAAGGACUUCGAAAUCGAUGCGUGCGAGUGCCACGUGCCAGUGGCAUCAGAGGAUAACGCUAAGAAAUGUAGCAGCAGUGAGGAUAAGAAGUAUUGGUGGGACGAACCCACGUUGUCGGAACUCACAUUGCACCAGAGCCACCAGCUUAUGUGGGUUAGGGCUAACCAUAUGGUUUAUGACUAUUGCUCCGACACUGCUAGGUUCCCCGUGACACCUGCUGAGUGCGUGCAUCACCGUCACCACUGAAGGGGGAAUAGGAACUAUUAAUUAACAUGUUCUUCAUGUUUCACGUUGUAUUAUAUUUGCCCUAGCAUUAUCUGAAUUCUUUUAUUAAGUUGGUUCUUGUGCGAUCUAA